CGACCUCAGAUCAAAUGUUUCCCCUCGGACGACCCGGACGAACCAUGUAAACGAUGCGCGCGAUACACACUGACGUGCGAAUACCUACAACAUCGUCGAGGCAGAAAGAAGAAGGAAAGACCCGAAGGUGUUGCGGGUGCUGGUGCCUCCGGGUCAGAACGAGCGGGUUCGGUGCCUGCCGCUGCUGGGAAGAGCGAGUCGAAGAAGGGCGGCAAGGCGCCAGGGUCUGAGAGGAAGGUCAAGGAUGAAGGCGCAGGAGCAGGCAAGUCGACGACAGCCACGACAGUCAACAGGGAGGCCAGUCCCCCGAGCAAGAAGGCUGGUACGGACCGACCUGGAUCUAGAUCAACAAGCAGGAGAUUUUCCGCCAAUCAACGACAUCCGGAGAAGUUUAGCCUCAGACACAUGGUCGAGCCGGUGGACGAGGAUCCUCUUGAGCACAGCGAUAGGGAGCAGGAGAGUGACCAUGAGGGUGACCUGCCGCCCAAGAAACGGCGACUGGAUCGCGGGGAUGAUGAGCCCUGGGAUCAUCCUUAUUCGAAUCAGGAUCCUAUAACUGACGGGAUCGUCAACGAGAUCCAAGCGAGGGAGAUGUUCCGAAUCUUCUUUGCCGAACUCAACUUUUCUUGUCCAGUGUUAGAUAAGGACAUACAUACGUUCGAUUGGGUUCGACAACAGUCUGCUUUCCUAUUCUCUACGGUCUUAUGCGUUACGGCACGCUUCUUUCGAGGAGGGUUGGAAACGCGCCCGGACGUCGACUUGCCUUACCCGCCCCAGCAAGCCAAGAGCAUUCAUCAUCGGUGUCUGACACUCGCUCAUCGGCAUCAAGCCGCGGUCUUCCACGCCGCAAUCACAUCCUUCGAUGUCGUUCAGGGUAUUGUACUGCUCGCAAUCUGGAAAGAGGCCGACGACGACAAGGCCGCACAUCGAUUCAACCGGGCUGUCAUGAUUGCCAAGGAGAUGAAGCUGAACCGAAUGGAAGCUGGAACUCCUGAUGACCCUGAAGAGGCGAGGUGGCAAAGAGCGACACAGAGGUUAUGGCGACUGCUCGACAGGUUGUGUCUUUUCAUUGUCAACACAGUCUUUGCGAUGCAGUUCAACUCUCCUCUGUUGAUCUCACAGGAUGAUCUGCUGGUGGCAUGCUCCCAACCAUUCUACCAUGGAUCGAAUGACAUCGGAACCGACAUCAGCCUCGUAGCAUCGGUGCAGCUCCGUAUCAAAUAUCUACACUACAAGUCGAUACUUGACAUUACCGCCAGUCAUAUGGAAAACGACACUUCGACACGGUCGUCGACAUCGAACUUGGUUUCGUUAUCGAUUCUGACCCGGACUAUGAACCAGGAUAUGCGAAUCACAAACGACUUUUGGAUCAAACAGAUUAGCGGAGUCACCGGUACCAUUUCUCGUAAACCACAUAUCUGGCUAGAUGCCCUCCUGCUCAACCUCAAUCUUACGGUCAGCAAUCAGAUCGACCAGAUACAAAGCAAGAUGCCUGCCGAAUCAAGAAUGAGCAUGCAGAGCUCUCAGGCGUUCCAUCAUUCCAUCGCCCUGGCCUCGGAUCUGCUGGACCGGAUAAAGACUCUACCAGCGAGAUUGUUGACCUUCGCCAGUGAUACGUUAUUGCAUUUCACAAUUUAUGCAGGAUACUUUCUAUACACGGUCGCAGCCCCUUCCGCUGCUGUGCCAUUGGAAAGAGCCGAACGGCAACACUGUUUCGACCUGAUGUUGGAAGCAGCCGACGCCUUGACGGCUUCAUCGAUGUUUGCAGCCGAUGCACCUUCGCUCCACGCUCGGUUUUUGAGGCGACUGGUAGCCAGCUCACAAACGUUGUGGGACAAGGAGCAAGGGAUCGAGCCGGUCCAGGACGACGCCGUCCAGGUGAACAUGCCUACCGGAUUCGACGUUCACAUGGUCAAUAACAUGCAGGCUCCUACGAUGGCCAAUCAGAACACGUAUCUCCCUCAGGUCUAUCCUGUGCCGCUCGACACCAUGGCUAUGGCACCGCCCAUCUCGACGUCGGGCAUGGUAGGGGACGACUCGCUGUUGAUGCAGCUCUGGUGGGACUUUAUGUCAACGUCAGGCAACAACAACAACGGGAAUGGAAUGCCAGCCUAUUGA